AACAAAGCCAUAUGAUUGAUAAGUGUCAAAAUUGUAAACAAGCUGUUGCACUUGGCGUCAAAGGUGGUGAUUAUACUUGCUUGUAUGAACUAGGUAAUUUCUAUGGUCGCAACUUGCUCUGGUGAUUGGUAAUUAAAAAUGAAAAUUCUAGUUGUUGCUCUUCUAUGUUUCACAAGUGCAUUCGCUCAUUAUAUCAGUGAUGAUAAGCAGUUUGAAACACUCCAAAAGACUGAUUUUUCUAAGGAACAAGUUUGGCCACUGCCCCAACAAUAUGUGAUGGGAUCUGAUUUUUUCAUCAUCAGACCUGGUAACUUUAAAUUCUUAUAUGGAAGCAAGUGUGAUAUAAUUAAGCAAGCCAUUCAGCGUUAUCAGAAAAUUAUAUUUCGAGAAUGCUCUAAGUCCUCAGUUGAUGAUAAAAGUAAUUUGCAUCUGAACAGUAAUGUUCAAUUAUUGAACUUGACUAUAAAAGUAGUCGGUCCGUGUGAAAAGUAUCCCUACAUGAAUAUGGAUGAGCAAUAUAUCUUGAGGAUUAAUACAUCAGACACCAUAAACAGUGCUUUAUUGUUUAGUACUACUGUAUGGGGUGCAUUGCGUGGUCUUGAGACAUUCAGCCAGCUGGUUUUUAAUCUCCAAAAAGGCAUUUUUGGAAUUUAUUCUGGCUCAAUCCGUGACUUUCCUCGGUUUCCAUAUAGAGGAUUAAUGCUUGAUACUUCUCGCCAUUUUAUUCCUGUACCAGUUUUGUUGAAAAAUUUGGAUGCCAUGGCUCAAACUAAAUUGAAUGUUUUCCAUUGGCAUAUUGUUGAUGAUCAAUCUUUUCCCUAUGUUAGUAAGAAAUUUCCUAAUCUUAGUUUGAAGGGAGCUUACGACUCUGACACUCACAUUUAUACUCCUACUGAUAUAUCAGAAGUAAUUGAGUAUGCUCGUUUAAGAGGAAUUAGAGUGUUAGUUGAAUAUGAUACCCCAGGUCAUACACUUUCUUGGGGAAAAGGAAGGCCUAAACUUUUGACGCCUUGCUUUUCCUCUGGUCUUCCUAAUGGACAGCUUGGACCUAUAAAUCCCACCAAAAAUGAAACAUACCAAUUUUUAAAAGCUUUCUUUGCUGAAGUCAUAAAUGUUUUCCCUGAUGCAUAUCUGCAUUUAGGAGGCGAUGAAGUCAGUUUUGAUUGUUGGGCUUCAAAUCCAGACAUUCAAGCUUUUAUGGCAGAAAAGAAAUUUGGUGACAAUUAUGCUCUCUUGGAGGGUUAUUAUAUUUCUAAGUUGCUUAAUAUAAUAAAGUCACUUAAUAAAAGUUACAUUGUCUGGCAAGAAGUUUUUGACAAUCAAGUAAAGAUAAAGCCUGACACAAUAGUUCACAUCUGGAAAAAUGGCUACAAAUCCGAGCUAACCAAUGUCACACUUGCUGGGUAUAAUGCAAUACUUUCUGCCUGUUGGUACUUGAGUGACAUUGCCUAUGGAAAUGACUGGAUCUCAUAUUACUCCUGUGAGCCACAUGAUUUUUCAGGUACUGAAAAACAGAAACGUUUAGUCAUUGGAGGAGAAGCCUGCAUGUGGGGUGAAUAUGUUGACGGUACAAACGUAAUUACCAGAACUUGGCCAAGAGCUGCUGCUGUUGCUGAAAAGCUGUGGAGUAGUCAGUCCGUUGCCAAUUCUACACAAGCGAUGCCAAGACUUGAAAAACUUCGUUGCAAUAUGAUCAAAAAUGGAUUAAAAGUCGAGCCUGUCAAUGGACCAGGUUAUUGCCAGUGUGAUUUUGUUGUAUGAAAUAAACAAUAGGAAGAAAAUGGUAUUAAUUACAAGACGCUUCUGAUGUCUUGUGGAAAGUUAAAAAAUCCUACUGAGAAACCAAAGGAUAUAUUUUAUACAAAUUAUUGUUUUACUCUUGUUAAGUAAUCAGUAUAUGUGCAAUGUUUUUUAUACAUAUUUAAUAAAUAUUU